AUGGCACAGAAGUUAUCGGGUUCACGAAGUGACAAUACAAACAUUAAGUAUAUUUCAUAUUUUAAGAAGUGGGAAAAGUUCAUUUCUGAGAAGGGAGGCAGUUCCUUACCAGCUUCUCCAAUUCAUGCCGCAUUAUAUAUUACGGAUUUAUUAGAAAAGUGUUUUUCGGACCACGUGAUUUCAGCAACUGUUUAUAGUUUGAAAUGGGCACACGGUUUGAAAGGACUUCAAGACCCUACUGAUAACUCGUUUGUAAAGAAUCUAUUAGAGAAUGCUAAAAGAAACAAUUGCAAACCAACUUCUAAAAAGGAGCCUCCGUCUACACAGACAUUGAUUGAUGUUUGUGCUGAAUAUUCUGAAUCUUCAGACAUUUUAUUUGUAAGAGAUUUGUGUAUGAUUUUACUUGGUUUUGCAGGUUUUCUAAGAUAUGAUGAAUUGAGUUCACUCCGUUGUAACGAUAUUGUUUUUCGUGAUGACCAUUUUUGUCUGAAAAUUAGGAAAAGUAAGACUGGCCAAUAUAGACUAGUGCAUGAAAUAGUUACAAGUAAAGGAGUAUAUGUUGCUUGUCCUUACAACAUGUUAAGACGUUAUUUGUCUUUGUCAAAUCAGACUAUUUUUGAUAGCAAUUAUUUAUUCAGACCAUGUUUUAGAUCAAAUUCUACUUGUAAAUUAACUUACAAAAGCAAACCGUUAAGUUAUACAAGGGCUAGGGAAUGUAUUAUAGGUAGAUUACGUCCAUUCACGGGGGAUUUGAACAUAGGCCUUCAUUCGCUAAGAUCUGGUGGGGCAAUCACAGCCGCAAAUUCCGGAGUUAAUGACAGAUGUUGGAAACGCCACGGUCGGUGGAAGUCCGACAGUAGUAAAGACGGCUACGUGGCAGAUUCUUUGUCAAGCAGACUUGUGGUGUCUCAAAAAUUGAGUUUAUAA